UCUCUCGUCUGUUUGGCUGCUCGGAAUUCAGGAGUUGAAAUUAGGUUAGGUCUCAAUUCUCAAUACCAAGGCAGCCAUGGCGGAGAUGACUACCGGGGGCGAUGUUUCUCCGAACAUGACUAUAUAUAUCAACAACCUCAACGAGAAGAUCAAGCUCGAAGAGUUGAAGAAAUCGCUGCACGCUGUGUUUUCUCAAUUCGGGAAGAUACUGGAGGUUUUAGCUUUCAAGACGUUGAAACACAAAGGCCAAGCUUGGGUUGUGUUCGAGGACGUUUCUUCAGCAACCAGUGCGCUUCGGCAAAUGCAGGGCUUCCCAUUCUAUGACAAACCUAUGAGGAUACAAUAUGCAAAGACUAAAUCAGAUGUAAUAGCAAAGGCUGAUGGUACUUUUGUUCCGAGAGAAAGAAGAAAGAGGCAUGAGGAGAAAGGGAGGAAGCGAAAAGAGCAACAUGAUGCUAAUCAAGCUGGAAUGGGUCUGAAUCCAGCUUAUGCUGGUGCCUAUGGUGCAACUCCUCCUUUAUCACAAAUACCAUAUAUGGGUGGUGCGAAAUCAGCAGUCCCAGAAGCUCCGGCACCACCAAAUAAUAUAUUGUUUGUUCAGAAUCUACCUCAUCAGACCAACCAAAUGAUGCUGCAAAUGCUUUUCUGCCAAUACGCAGGCUUUAAGGAAGUUAGGAUGGUCGAAGCAAAACCGGGUAUUGCGUUUGUAGAAUAUGACAACGAGAUGCAAUCAACAGUUGCAAUGCAGGGACUACAAGGAUUCAAGAUGUCUCCUGAGGACCCAAUGUUGAUUACCUAUGCGAAGAAGUAGAUACAUUUUUCUGGGUUAAAAGAUGCAGAUAGGGAGAAUUAGCAACUGGAAUGUCAUCAAUCUAGAGAGAGAUCACAUGCGUCUUGUCCUUUUUAAAGCAUGUGCAUUAUUGUAGUGUGAUCCCCUUUGUUUUCCCAUGUUUGUGUACUUCGAUUAACAUUUGUUUUCUUGAACUUAGAUUAGCUCGAGUCAGAAUUUUAUUUUUUUUGGGUUUGAAGUUAGAUGCUUCGGACGUUCUUUGUAUACUAAGUCCUUACUCUCGUUUACAGAUCGCUAAAUAUGAGUCUUGCCAAUGGCUAUUUCUGUGA